AUGGUAAGGAAGAGCGCGAUUCGUUUCUGUAUCUCGUGCGGCCCCUGGAAGACCGUGGAACAUGAGGAAAUGACGGUCCUCGGCUUCACGGAUCGAGAUGGAAACGACGAGAUCCACAACUUCUGCCGGAAUCCUGACGGAAAUACCGCCCCGUGGUGCUACAACGGGGAAGGGGAUUCCCCGGAAUGGGAGCACUGCGACCUUCCCUUCUGCAACCUCCAGGAACCCGAGCGAGGACCCGAGGGGAGCGAGUACCCGGAAUGCCGACUGUCGCAGAAGGGGAAGGAAUACGUGGGGACGAAGAAUGCGACCGAGACGGGAAAGCCUUGUCUACGUUGGACGUCUCGGCCUUAUGGCAUGCCUUGGGACUUCUUCGAUCGGGAGGUGGAAUAUGCGCAGCUCUUCCUCAACAUGGAUCCAGCGAUCCACGAGAACUACUGUCGGAACUCAGGAUUGUAUAGGGAAAAGCCUUGGUGCUUCGUCUCUGACCCUGACAUCCAAAGGGAAUACUGCCAUGACUCUAAGAAGAUGAAUGCUCUUGAGACGCGGACGCCGCGCGAUCGGUCUCUCGGUUCCUCGUUCCGCCUCGCGUCGGCGACUCGGCCUCGUCCGAUGAAGGCGCUGUUGGCCGUUCUGGUGUCGUUCCUGUCGAUGGAGGCCGUGGCCUCGAGGGAUUUCGUCUAUCGCGCCAUCCCAGUGGGGCAGACGUACGAGGACGUGGCGUCGGAGUCCACCGCGUCGAACCUCGCGACCUGCGGCAUCGCUUGCGUCCGCGGAUCGCCGCGACCCUGCUUCGCUUUCAACUACCGCGGUUCCGACGGAACCUGCCAGCUGGUUCGCGACGAGAGGAGCCGCCUCGUCGAAGCCGACGGAUUCCUCUCCUUCGUUUCUGGGGAGCAGCAGCAGCAACAGCACACGUAUCCAGAGUGCAGGACGACCGAGAGGGGAAGGGAAUACGUCGGGACGACGAGAGUGACUGAAAGCGGGAAGGCGUGCCUGAGAUGGGACUCACAACCAUAUGGAAUACCGGGGGACUUUUCCGACGCCGAAGAGUACGGGAAAAACUUCCCCAACCUCGACGUCUGGUCUCAGAAGAACUUCUGUCGGAAUCCGUCCGGAAAGGCGAGGCCUUGGUGUUUCGUCUCCGACCCUCAACUUCAGUGGGAGCACUGUGACAUCCCCAUGUGCACGGAUCCU